CUCCGCCUUGCCUUCCUUGCGAUUCACAACUGCAAACCCAACUUCGGUGGCCGACUCCGUCGAGUUCCUGACACAAUCAUCAUGCACAAUGCUGGAGGACCUCGAGCAAGCAUGCUUAGCAACACGGAUCUGUACCACAUGAAGCGCGUGAGCGAAUCGCGGGGCUCAUUCAGCGACCGCAAGAGCCACGUGAGCACGAGCAGCAAGCGCGGCAGCACGACCAGCCACCGCCACACCCACAAUCAACAGCAACCUGGAGACCUGCCUCCUCCACCCGAUUCGCUUCCUCUGCGGAGCGGCACAUCCAGCCAGUCUUCGACGUCGACGUCGUCCAAGGAUUCGGGCAGCGACCUGUUCUCGUUCCUCCAGAUGCCCAUGGGAGGCCUCAAGCUCGACUACGCGCCGCCACCCAAGUCGUACUCGGGGGACAGCAGCAUCGACUCAGCCAAGAUGCAAGACAUCGUCCGCCGCAUCCACCGCGAAAUGAUCUCGGAGCUCGGCAUGAUCGAAGCAGCCGUGCCGUUCGACGGCGACGACGCCAAGUUUGCCGACCAUCCGUGCCAGUGCAAGACAGCGACCGUGUUCCACACUAGCGAGUACGAACACGCGUCGCGACUGAUUGUGAUCGUGCCGUACCGCGAAGCCGGCAUCUGGAGUCGCAGCAUCUGCAUGAACAGCGCGUCCGUGGACGAAGACGCCGGCAACAUGCUCAAUUACCUGCGCAAGGCCAUCACCGAGGGCUACGGCGUGCUCAUCAUGAACCCCGCCGCGCAAGCCUGUCAUUCCAAGGUCCACGUCGGUACGGUGUGGGACCACUUUGUCAAACCAUUCGAGUCGGAGCUGUUUGUGAUUGCGUACUCUCGGGGCUGCCAAAACGUCAUGCAGCUGCUCAACCACGACAACGGCCGCGGCGGCAUGCAGGACCGCCUUCGCGCCCUCUGUUUCAUCGAGCCGAGCCAUUAUGUGAGCGACAAGGACACGUACUUUGCGCGGCGGAUGCUGAGUCGGCGCGCCGUGGCGUGGCUCCUGUCGCUCGACAUUGCACCCGGCCAAAAGAUCGUCGCGAGUGAGAAGCGGCACGGAUGCAUUUGCAUUUCCGCGGGCGCGAUCCCGUCCACGGUCCACGGCAGCUCGGGCGGAUGGGCCUUGCGCGCCGUGAUGACGUCGGUAUUUGGAGUGUUUGCCGCCCGUGUGGGGCAAGCCAGCGGCACGACCAAGCUCACAUCCGUCGACAAGUCGAGUGGAUGUGGCCUCUGCCACCGCAAGAUGGGCCUGCUUACGAGAAAGACGCAGUGUGCAUGGUGUGAAGUCAAGUACUGCGCCAUGUGCUGCGAAGACAAGAACGUGCCGACGUUCAACCUGUGGGGAGUGUGCAAGCUGUGCCAGGUCCUGCCAUGCCUGAUCGACCCCCGCAAAAAGGGCGGCCUCCGCACUACGAAAGCGGCGUUCACCCAAGACAUGGACUUGAUCGAUCGAUGCUCCAUUUUCAUCCAGCCCCAAAAUGACAAGGCCAAUGACGACGACUUGUGCUUGUCCGACUUUGAAAUCGUCAAGUUUAUCGGCCGCGGCGCGUGCGGCCGCGUCAAGUUGGUCCGGAAAAAGCAUGGCGCGGACGAAGGAAGCUUCUACGCGAUGAAAUCCAUCAAGAAACGACUGGUGGUGGCGCGCGGACUCGUCGAAGCCACCAACGCCGAGCGCCGCAUCCUCGAUCGCAUCAAGCAUCCAUUCAUCGCUACGUUGUGCUAUGCCUUCCAAAAUGACGCCAAGCUGUACUUGCUCAGUAACUACUACCCCGGCGGCAACCUUCUCGACCAGAUGCGACUCGUGCGCCACUUCACCGAAGACCGCGCCCGCCUCUAUGCCGCCGAAGUGGCGCUGGCAUUGGGCCAUUUGCAUGCGAAUGAUAUCAUUUAUCGCGAUUUGAAGCUGGAAAAUGUCCUCUGUGACUCGGAAGGACACAUUGCCCUGACUGAUUUCGGCAUGUCCAAAGAGAACGUGUCCGCGUCCGAUCGCACGUCCACGUUUGUCGGCACAUAUCAAAUGAUGGCGCCUGAUAUUCUCACCAAUAAACCGUACUCGCGCGCGAUCGACUGGUGGGCGUUGGGGGUGAUGGUAUUUGAAAUGAUCGACGGGCGGACGCCAUUCAAUGCCAAAACCAACCAGCUCAUCAAGGACAAGAUCCUGACGUUUGAAGUGCCGUUUUCCGAUCGAUUUUCCAAGCACUCGAAAGCAUUUGUCCAGGGAUUGCUGCAAAAGAAGCCCGAGAAUCGGCUCGGGUGCGGCCCCGACGGCGUCGAAGAGAUCAAGCGGCACCCGUGGUUUGCCUCGACUGACUGGGCCGUCGUGGAGGCGCGCCGCGCGACAUUCAGCGCCGAUCAGGCCAUCCUGAUGCAGUCCUACGCCAAGGAAUAUGCGACGGUGGAUGUGUUUGAUACGUACAUGCACGCAAAUGAGAUUGCAUGCGAUACACCCACGUCCAUGCGCGGGUCCGCGGCGCCCAACGGCAACGACUUGUUUCAGGAUUUCGACUACAACCACUUACUCACGCGGUUGAGUACGUCUUCUUCGUCAGAGGAAGGGGAAGAUAAUGCGAGUCGUCAAGGUUUGGCAAAUGACGCCAAGUUUGACAUUCACCAGCUCCGGCCAGCGCCAGGGACCCCCAAAGGACAAGACGAAGACCGAGAGAUAGACGAAGAAGGUUCCACGAGACAUUCGUCCAGCACCCUCGUCGCCACGUCGUCCGAAGAUGACCUGCAUAGCCCCGCGCACUUGACGGUGGUUAACAACGUGUCGGUAACCACGACGCCGCUGCAUCCUGCCGACUGCAAUGUGACCAUGCUGUAGAUGAGUUUGUACGUCGAAUCGUCGGGGGUAUAACUGUGUAAAUAGUGUGUGAUUUGAAAUGCC